AUGACAGAGCUUAGCCUCUACUACAACCAUAAUGCCUCAAUUUUGGAUGACCUGUCUGUUGGCGACUUGAUCGAGUUUCCUCGUGGAGCGUACUCCCACUGGGCAGUUUAUAUUGGAAAUGGAAGAGUAGUUCACCUUGCUGGUGAAGACAAUGAUGGAGUUGAUGCAUGUGUUAAACCGGAGCAUAUGUUUACUGUCUGUGGUGCCAAGUUUGGUAAAGCUAAAGUUUGCAUAGAUGAUUUCUGGAAGGUUGCUGCCGGUAGCAAGGCUCGCAAAAAUAACACCAAAGACGAUAAGUGGAGGCCACUCAACCCUGAAGAAGUCGUGAGGAAUGCUCUGGAAAAACUUGGAACAGUGGGCUACAAUCUGAUCUUUUCAAAUUGUGAACAUUUUGCCAAGUGGUGUCGCUAUGGCAUUGCAAAAAGUGACCAGGUUGAACAGGUUAUGACAGGAGCUAUGGUUGGAAUCGCAACUGGUCUGACUGUUGGCCUUAUUUAUGCAUUUGGAAAAUAUUUCAAUAACAACGAAGAAGAAACACAAAAGCAAAAAGUUGAAAAAAGAAAAAACAAUUGGUAG